GGGGGGGGGGGGGGGGGGGUUCGACACGCUGUCACGAGCAUCCUUUAGCUUAGACCAAGUGUUCCCAGCAGACAUCGUGAGAGCCGGGAGCUCUUCUAAGAUAAAGGUCAAGUAUUACUUUAAUACUUUAAUAAUAUUUAAAACAGCUUUGUUUUCCAUCUAAACCGUUCUGCUUGUAGUUCACCCCUGGGUCACAUCAGAUGCAGAAGUGCGACGAUGAGCUGCGAAGCGCCGUGGAACCAAGAGCGCUUCUUUUUGGCGCCCUUCUUAACCUCCGGUCUCGAUCACAUCAGCUAUGGAGCGCGAUGUAGGCUCACGCCUUGCAACAGUCGUUUGGGCGGGGCUAUAUUUUGUGGGCGAGCCUGAUUUUGCCUGAUGUGAACAGAGGAGCAGUGGGCAAACUUUGAGAGCAAUCCACUUUGUGGCGCUUCCCAGCUGAUGUGAUCCUGGCUUUAGUUGUGUUUGGAGAACGUAGACGAGUAUUGAUAUUUGGGACAUGCCUUGUGCUGCUAAACUUCAAAGUUCCCAAUUGGGGGACGUUAGGGCCCAAAGGCCAUGUGGAAAGGUCUGGAAAGGUCACCAGUUGGGGUUCACUGGCUUAAAUACCUAAACUUCCUCCUUUAAUGAGCCGUUCCAGAAGGUGUUGUUGGUCCAUCGCUGUCCUUGUGACCCAAGCUUCAGCUUUAGCGCCAAAGCUCUCGGGGGACACUCCAACCGUGAUCAUGACAUCAUCCUCUUUGGCACAAAGGCCUGAUCUUCUGAUGAAGUGAAUCUAAACGAAUAACAAGAUUUUAGUUAUAAACCGUUGUGGUUGUCUUCGGGGUGAACGUGAUGCAGCCUGCUGUCUCUCUCUCUCUCUCUCUCUCUCUCUCUCACUCUCACUCUCACUCUCACUCUCACUCUCUCUCUCUCACACACACACACGCACACACAGAGACACACACACACACACACACACACACGCACACACAGAGACACACACACACACACAGACAAUUGCUGAGAGUCAUAAUCAAUAUUGUAUUGCACUGAAACAUGGAAAGUCCAUCAUGAUGAUAUUCUGAGUGAAGUAAGACCUCCAUGUCUUUAUUACUUCUUCUUGUGUGUGUGUGUGUGGGGGGGGGGGGGGGGGGGGUCCUUUGUGACUGUUUCCACUCACAUGUUCUAAUAAAUUAACACUGAACCAAUCAGAUGCUUUGUUUCUGUUAAUGUAUGCUUUUAAUGGAAAUGACAUAGAAACAUGAAACAACCGAUGCUUCGGGUCCGCUGUGCUUCAAACCUUCUGUUGGCGACGUGAAUCACGUUCUUCAUAAACAGUUUAGACGACCACGCUGACAUUUAAAUGGUUAAGAUGAACUCAUGUUUGUUGUGUCCCGCAGAGCUGAGGAGCUGAUGAAGACGUUAGGUGUUAGGGUUUCUGCUACAGUGGGAUGUGGAGUUUGCUGGUUGUUGGGAGUGGAAAUCAUCACACGGUGAUGUUGGAGAUGUUGGAGAGGUGCAACGGAGGCUGGGGUUUACAGAAAGCUUCAGUUGUUUAACACAGUUAGGCAGAAAUGUAGGCGCCACAUAAAAGAAAUGAACUGAAUUUUUAGUAGUUCCUCCCUCAGCAGCAACAACAACCUCUAAACACUUCCUAAAUCUUCCAAUGAGAAUCUGGAUUCUGGCUGAAGGUCUUCUGGACCGUUCGUCUUUACGGAACUUCUCCAGUUCAUCCAGGUCUGAUGCUUCUGAGCAUGGACAGCUCUCUAACUCACACCACAGAUGUUCAAUAAUAUUUAGGUCUGGGGACUGAGAUGGCCGUUCCAGAACGUUCUACUUGUUCUUCUGCAUGAACACCUGAGUGGAUGUUGGGCAGGGUUUCGGGUCCAGCCCCGGUGCAGCUUCAUCUUUGUCCCUGAUUCCUGGACAUUGGUCUCCAGAAUCUGCUGAUACUGAGUGGACACCAUGUGUCCCUCAUCUUUAACAAGAUUCCCAGUCCCUGCACCGGCCACAGAGCCCACAGCGUGAUGGAACCACCACCGUGUUUUACUGUAGGUAGCAGGUGUGAUUCUUGGAAGGCUGUGAUCCCUUGUUCUGCACAAAUAACUCCAUUUUAGUUUCAGCAGUCCACAGCACCUUGUUAAUGAAGCUGGCUAGUCCAGAUGUGCUCUAGCAGACCUCCAGCUGCUCUGUUUGAGCUGUGGGUGGAGAAAAGGCUUCCUCUGCAUCACUCUCACAUACAGCUUCUCCUUGUGGAGCUGAACGAUCUGCAGCCAGAUGAUGCUGUAGGUCCUGGUGCUGGUCUGUGGGUGGACUCUGACUGUUCUCACCGUUCUUCUCUUCUUUUCUUGGUCUGCCACUUGGAGCCGUAACUUGAACUGUGCCUGUGGUCUUCCACUUCCUCAACAUGUUCCUAACUGUGGAACCAGACAGCUGAGAUCUGAGACAGCUUUCUGCACCCUUCCCUAAACCAAGAUGGAGAACAGUCUUUGUUUUCAGCUCGUGUGGGAGAUGUUUGAGACCCCGUGUUGCUGCUCUUUAGAGAACAUUCAAAGAGGAGGGAAACUUGCAGCUGGCCCCUUGGAUGCUCUUUCUUCUGACGGGAUUCAGCUGUGUAUGGAGGUCAGGGCUCACUGAGCUUACCAAACCCAUUUAGUUUUAAUAAUUAGUUCUAAAGGUUUUGGGGUCAAUAAAAUGACAACAGUGUCCAAAUGUGUUUAAACAGCUGAUGCUUUCUGUAGAUCCUGUAAACUUGUUUCACUUCUCCAGCAUCACUGUGUGUGUCUCCUAUAUGAGAUGUUCCACUGAAAUGUUUGUCAUCGUAACAACCCACGAUUUAUACAGGAAAAUCCUGAAGAUUAACAAGGCUGCCCAAACCUCCACAUCCCACUGUUCCUGAUGGACUUCAGCUCAGACCUCUACUGCCCCCUGGUGUUCACACACUGCGUGUGCAGGUCCUUCCAUCUCCCAGUCCAGGGCCGUUCUGUUAUUCCUGAAACACGGAGAGACUCAGGGAGACUGGUGUAAACAUGCAUGUUAGGAAAGUUUUUUGGACCACAAAAUAAUGAAAACAGCAGCAGGUGUGAUGAUUUGGGUCUGUGCAUCUUAGAGAGCCAGUAAGUAGUUAUGUUCUGGAGGAGGCGGAGAAUCCACAGCAGGGAUCAGGGUUAUAGAAGAGAAUUGAUAACAAGCAGAUGCUCUCUGGAUGACUGUCAGAACAUUGAAGCAGAGGUAUAAUGGGUACAUGAACAAAUCAAACUAAAGGACAACAUUUCUUACUUUGUUUAUUAAAUACAGAGAAUUAGUAAAUGUAAUAUUUUUGGUCGUUCUGAAGAUUUUUAUGAUUUAUUUUUGACAGCUGAAAAAGAACAGCUGUUGCUGAAAUGUGAUUAAAGCCUAACCUUUAAGAAAAGUAUGUUGUUGCUUUUAAACUGUGGUUUAACAGGAACACACCAAACAAAACACAACACUUUGUUUUUGCUCCCGUUUCUCAUGAGCUGAACUCAAACAUCCCUCUCUCAAAGGUUGUGGCAUUGUGCUGUUUGAUCAACCUGCACAUGUCAGGGUGUCCUUUUGUUGUGGGCAGGCUAAGGCACACCUGUACAUUAUUUAUGCUGUCAUCAGCCCCUUGAUGUGCCACACCUGUGAGGUGGGAUGGGUUAUCUUGAUAAAGGAAAAGUGCUCACUAACACACAUGUAGACACAUUUCAGAACAACAUCUGAGAGUUGUGGCUGUUUUGUGUUUGUAGACAAAGUUUCAGAUGUUUGCAAAAACAAAAGUGUUGCAUUUUGUUCGAUGUAUUUCUGUUAAACCACAGUUUAGAAGCAACAAAGAGGCGAGCUGGAUCUGGCAGGAGCCUACCUGGUGUAGGUGUUUCACUCACCUUCAGCUGAUGCUGGAGUCGUCUGCUUUAAGGCUUCGUUUUGUUUCAUCCGUCUGAAACAAACAGCUGUUUAGUAAAAUUAUGCCUCACGUGGACAUCCUGUACAAGAAAUUGCAGAAGGACAUCGAUGCAGUCUUCAUCAAGCACGCCCUCCAGAUCUUCAUGAGCAGUGUUGAGGCAAGAAGGCAGUCAUCUCAACAGCAGCAGCAGGAGGCCACAGAAACCACCACCAGCAGGAGAACGGCCUUGGGAGAGGAUGAGAAGCAGAGGUUGUGGGAGAAGAUCUGCGGCACCAUCCUGGCUCACACCAGACAGAGGUUCUCCUUCACCAACCACCUGGUCAGUGCCACACUGCUGCAAGCAGAAAUGUUUGAGCAGCGCUGCCACACAUUUCCCACGGGUGCCCUGAAUGCCACGGUGGAGGCGAACCCCAUGCUCAACAAGAACCAACUGAAGACAGAACUAUCUCUGGUCUAUGAGAACCCCGAGUUCAGGAGCUGCUGCGGUGCGCUGGCGUUGUAUCAGCUUCUCAUGAGAUACAACCUCCAGGACACGUUUUCUGGGAUUGUCGCUUUGAUGAACAUCCUCAUCACAACCCCAAUGACGACAGCUGAGGCUGAGAGCUGCUUCUCAACUCUCAAAAGAAUUAAGACAUCUCUGAGAAAUUCGAUGGACCAGAAACGCCUUAAUGCGCUGGCCAUGCUGUCCAUAGAGAGGGGGCUAGUCUGGUCCAUGCCUGACUUCAAUGAGGUCAUCGAUCACUUUGCUGCUUUGAAAGACAGACGAGCAAAGUUUCAUUACAAAUGAACAGGUUCCAUAUCUUUGCUUGUGGCAUGAACUACUCGCUGUGAAACUUUUAUUCUUUUACUCAAAAUGCAACAAACCAGAUUGUGAAAACUUAAAAAUGAUUGAUGAAACAAUUCACAGAACCCCAUUUUCUUUAAUAAAAAUGUAGAUAGCUGAUUUAUUGCUGAUUGUUUUUUAAAAAUACUUUAUUCUGUUUGUUGUGUUCAACUUGUUCAUCGAUCAUACAUUUUAUACCUACAGGCCUGUAUUCAUGAUAAAUUGUAUAUUAGUUUUCACAUUUGAUCUAAAUAUGACUAUUGCAUCACAGCAUUAAACAUUUUUACCUUGAA